AUGGCUUUGGAUUUACGCCUGCAUUCUCCUGCAGGCGCGGAACCUGUUGUUUAUACAUGGCCCCUCACUUCAGGUCAUGGCUCGGACAAACACGAUGGGGCCUUGGAGAUAGUAGAAACUAUAAGAUGGGUGUGCGACGAUUUACCAGAGAUGAAAGCGGCUCUAGAAAACAACAUCUUGUGCGACUACGACACCCACUCGUACGACAGCAUGAGAGCCCUGUGCGACCGUUUCAACCGCGCCAUAGACUCCGUCGUCGCUCUGGAAAAAGGCACGUCGUUACCAGCUCAAAGGUUGAACAAGUAUCCGUCAAGAGGUUUGCUGAAACACAUAUUGCAGCAAACAUACAACCAAGCAGUGUCUGACCCGGAUAAACUCAACCAAUAUGAACCCUUCUCACCUGAGGUAUACGGCGAAACAUCGUACGAGCUGGUGUGUCAGAUGAUAGAUCAAAUAGAUAUAACAUCCGACGAUGUGUUCGUGGACUUGGGCUCGGGCGUGGGACAGGUGGUCCUACAAAUGGCGGCUGCAACACCUUGCCGCGUCUGCCUUGGAGUCGAAAAGGCGGAAGUUCCCAGCAAAUAUGCUGAGAGCAUGGACGGUCACUUUAGAAUGUGGAUGAGGUGGUACGGCAAAAAGUUUGGAGAAUACAAAUUAAUAAAGGGUGAUUUUCUUCUGGAUGAACACAGAGAAAAAAUAAAUGCGGCUACGAUUGUUUUCGUGAAUAACUUCGCGUUUGGCCCGCAUGUAGAUCAUCAGUUAAAAGAAAGAUUUGCUGAUUUGAAAGACGGUGCUAAAAUAGUAUCAUCGAAGAGUUUUUGUCCUCUAAACUUCAGGAUAACGGACAGAAACCUGAGUGACAUCGGGACCAUCAUGCACGUGAGCGAGAUGUCUCCACUAAAAGGAUCAGUCUCGUGGACGGGGAAGCCAGUCUCUUACUAUUUACACAUUAUAGAUAGGACCAAAUUGGAGAGAUAUUUUCAAAGACUGAAAAAUCCGAAACUCAAGGUCAGCAAAAGGGGAACGCACAACGGUUGCGACGAGGGCGAGACUAGCGGCAAGCGACAUCUCAGCGCGCCGCCCACGCGACAGCCCACGCCCGACCUGCUCAACGGGAACAGCAACCACAGCACCGCCUCGCUGCCCGAGCGACGUCGCAAGGUCGCGCGCGCGCGCCCCGCCAGGGGUGAGAACGGCAGGACUCGAGCGAGAGCAGCGGUGGCCAAGCGGCGCGUGGUGCGGCGCUCCAGUGACGACAGCGACGAGGAGUCCAGCGGCACCGACGACGCGCCGCCCGGGCCCGAGCCCGCGCCGCGCGAAUGGGGAGCACCAUGGGCCUCCUCAUCCGAUUCCAACCGCAGUCGGCGGCCGGCCAGCAAGCGCAGUGCGAGCGCGGGCGGCGCGCGGCGGCGGGCGGCGCGAGCCAAGCGACGUCGCGCCGCGCCCGCUGCCAUCGCCGGCCUCGACCUGCUGCACUCCACCACGCUGGCCUCUACGCUACAUAACGGCGCCGUGACGGCGCCGCCGCCGGGCUGCGUGGAGCAGCGCCUGUCCGCGCUGGGCGUGUCGCUGCAGCCCAUGUCGCGCGUGCACUCGGAGCUGGACAUCCCGCGCGCGCCGGCCGCGCCCUACAGCCUGCAGCUGCUGCUGGACAUGUUCCGCGACCAGUACCUCGCCUUCAUCGCGCGCAUGAACACGCCCGAGUACGCGCACGAGAUACGACAACAGAUCGAAAAGGAAAAGGAGAGGAACCAGAAACUGAAGUCGCGUGCGUCUCAGUUAGAUAAACAGAUCAACGUGCUCAUAAGCGACAGUGUUGCUCUGUUAAAGGCGCGCAUGAGUGAGCUGGGCAUUCACGCCAAUAACACUGUGGAUCUCUUGGCCAAAGCCAAGGAAAUUGUGGGGAGACACAAAGAGCUGCAGAGCAAAGCUAGCAAAUUACAAGCACAGGUGAAUAAUAUAGAAAAUGACCAGGCCGUGCUAAUUAAACAAAGGACAUUUGAGAUCACGGAAAAGUAUCGUCAGUUGGGUCACAUACCUCCUGACGUUGAAAUCACGCAAAGUAUAGCCCACGACUGCAUACUAAAAGAAAUAUCUGCAACACUAGCGCAUCGGAAAAGAUUACAUGCACAAGUAGGACACCUGCAGAAUGAAAUUAUCCAAAUGGAAAGAUCAAACGAGCAAAAAGUGGCACCGCCAACUGUACCAGUUGCUACUGUAAAACCUCAUACAGUUAAUUCAAAACCCAGAAAGUCCAGAGAGCACAGAUCGCGCUCUCAGGAGUGGCCAGAUGUUCCAGAUGUUGGAAAAAUUGAGGAACAGAAUCCAGAAAUCCUUGCUCAGAAAAUAUUAGAAACUGGGCGGCAGAUCGAAGCUGGUAAAAUCUCGAAGCCAAAUGUGGCAGUGAACGGGUAUCCAAGAGAAUCAGAGAGACACGUCGAACAUCAUAGACAUCCAAAGACAGGUGCACCGAUACACCGCACGCAACCUCAACGGCCAGGACAGCCACCACCCAACCUCGCUCACAGACAGUCACCGGUCAAGCCGCAGAAACCUCUCAAUGUCGUCGGUAAGGUGCAAGAAUCGCCAAAAGUGAUAAAUUUUGAAGACAGGCUCAAAAGUAUAAUAACCUCGGUGCUGAACGAGGACCAGGAGCAACGGAAAGCGUCCCGGCCUUCGCAGAGCCACGCCUACACAAACGGCUACGUGCGAGGUGGCGGCACGCACGGCUCGCACGGCUCGCACGGGUCGCAUAGCUCGCACGGGUCUCACGGGUCCCACGGCUCCCACGGCUCGCAUGGCUCGCACGGGUCCCACGGCACUCACGGCUCGCACGGGUCCCACGGGUCCCACGGGUCGCACGGGGCGCAGUAUCGCGGCGGCGGGCUGGCGCGCGCAGGGCGCGAGCUGCGGCGCGAGCGCUACCCGUACGAGCGGCUGAGCGCGCUCGAGGCGGCGCCCGACUACACGCAGGUGUCGCCGGCCAAGCUGGCGCUGCGCCGCCACCUGUCGCAGGAGCGGCUAGCCACGCCCGGCGCGCGCACCAUCGGGGACCUCGUCAACGGGGAGAUCGAGCGCACGCUGGAGAUCUCCAACCAGAGCAUCAUCAACGCAGCCGUCAACAUGAGCGCGCGGUACCACGAGCCCGCCGCCACCAAUCAGCCGCUCGAAGGUUUAGCAGCUUGUUUACAAGCUAGAGUUCUGGCGUCUGAUUACUGGCGCGGGCGCAACGGGUCAGGAGCUGCCGGCGCCGGCCCGCCGGCGGGGGUAGCGGGCCCCGGUAGUGCGGGCGCCAGCCAGGGCGCUGCGGCCGCGCCCGCCGCCGAGGACGAGGCGCGGCGUCGCACGCCGCAGCCCGACCCGCACUCCAACACGUCCACCCCGCUGGUGGACGAGCUGCCCGACGGCGCGCGCCUGCCAGGUAACGCGAGCGUCGCCUGCGCCCCGCCUGCGCCCGCGCCGUCGCACCCUCUCACCACCCGCUCCGUUACAGAGGGCGAAGGCGGCGAAGAGGUGGACGAGAGCAAGUGGCAAGACCGGAUAGCUUUCCGGUUCGACCAGAUCAUAUCGUUCGCGUCGACGGCCAUGGAGGACAAGCGGCGGCGCUCGGACGAAGCGUGCAACACGUCGCCCGACUCGGGCAUCGGGCACGGCGAGGCGGGCGCGGCGGCGGCGGCGGCGCCGGCGGCGCACUUCAAGAAGCGCUUCUUCCGACGCGAGCGCUGGGGUGCGUGGGGCGGCGCGGCGCCGGCGCUGGACUGGGAGCGCCCGCCCAUGUGA